AUGGGUGACUUUAAUUCAAAAUUAGGAGAAGGUCGCACGUCAGAUGUUGUUGGACCAUUUGGAUUGGGGGACAGAAACAAAAGAGGUGAUAUGCUUGAGGAGUUUGCUUCAUCAAACAAUUUUGUAGUGAUGAACACUUGGUUUAAACUUCCACCAAGAAGAUUGUAUACCUGGAAGUCACCUAUGGAUAAACCGGGAAAUGUGGUCAGAAAUCAAAUUGACUACCUGUUACUUAAUGAGAGGUUCAGAAAUAGUUGUCUGUCCCUCAAAACAUAUCCAGGAGCUGACAUAGGAUCCGAUCAUUGUCCCUUGAUAGGUACAUUCAAAUUGAAAUUUAAAAAGGUCCAAAAAAAGAGGACGCUGAACUAUGACUUGCAAAAAUUGAAUGUCCCACUUGUUAAGGAAGCAGCAUCAAGAAUGCUCCAUGCACAAAUCCAACAAAAUGAUUGUGAUAAUGUUGAGACAGAACUCAAAAAAAUUCAGAAAGCUGUAGAAUCUGUUAAGAAGGCGCUAUUGAAGCCAGAAAGAAUCAAGAAGAAAUCUUGGAUGACAACAGAAAUUUUGGACUUGAUGGAGGAAAGAAGGUUGAAUAAAGGAAAUGCGACAGAAUAUAAACGAAUACAAUACAUGAUAAGAAAGGAAAUCAGGAUGGCAAAGGAGAGGGAACUAUUGGGAAAUUGCUGUGAUAUCGAAUACCAUCAAAGCAAGCAUGAUGAUUUCAACGUUCACAAGAAAGUCCGCGAAGUAAUAGGAAAAUACAAUAAAAAGAAUUGUAGAGUUCUGGUAAAUGAAGCAGGAGAUACCAUCAUUGAUACUGAUAAGAAGAAGGAGCUAUGGAAAUCAUAUCUGGAGAAGCUUUUCCAUGAUGUUAGAGAAGAACAUGAUACAUUUGUAGGAGAAGGGCCAGAAAUCCUUGUUGAGGAAGUACAAGCAGCCAUUUCACAUAUGAAGCCCCGAAAGGCAGCCGGACCAGACCAAAUAGAAGCUGAAUUCUUGAAAUUGCUGAAUGAAGAUGGUAUUAAAUGGCUGACUAAAAUAUUCAAUAACAUUUACUCAUCAGGAGUAAUUCCAGAAGAUUGGUUGAAGUCAGAAUUCGUCACACUUCCCAAAAAAGCAAGUUCUAAAACCUGUGGUGACUUCAGGACUAUCAGUUUGAUGAGCCAUCUCUUGAAGAUAUUCCUCAAAAUAAUUCACUGA